AUGUCGGAAACCUGGGUAUAUAUCACAUCCCCACGAGAGGUAAAGUUUUUGAUUUUCAAAAUUUUGUCGAAUUUUCGUUCAGACAAAAUAUCGUUUGCUAGUGUCAGUUUUCGAAGCGGUAAUAAGACAGAUGAGUUCUCGAAAUUUUGAGGCAGAUGAGAGAAUCGAUAUUUGGGGUACACUUCGCGAUGUUGGAGGAAGAAUCAAUGCAAUGGACAAUCCUAUAAUACCUCAGGAACAAUUUGAGGUAUUUCGAAAUAUAAUGUUGAUAACAUAAGAACUUUAAAAAUUGCAGACAAAAUAUCGCCAAGAGAUCAAAAAUUUGAUGGAUCUUUACAAAAAAUACCAACUUCAGCGGGAAAUGGAUGAAUUGGACAAAAUGUUUGCAACUGUCUCUCUUUAA